AUGGUAGAACAAUUGGAAAGCAGAGUCCUGGGAAUAGAGCAGUGGCAAGAAGAGCUAAUCAGCAAAAUGAAUAAGUUGUUGGACCUGAUGAUGGAUAAAGGCAAGACUGUGCCACCACAAAAUGUUGAGGAAGAGUCAAACCCCACCUACCCUCGAGGAUUCACCCCGUUGCAUGGGCAAACCUCGACACAACCUCCAAUUGUUGCAGAAAAUCCCCCACCGAAAAGUGCUUCAUUCAUACCCACCGCACCAACAUUAGGGGUCCCAGCAGUCGGAAUACCCCCGACAAUGAUGACAGAUGUGGGGGCAGACAGAAUUGCAACUAAGCGUCGGUACGAAGUGCUUAAGGAAUGGUUAAGGGCCACUGAAGGGUCCAAUUCAUUCGAUACAGUUGAUCUGAUAGACCUCUACUUGGUGCUGAAGGUUACUCUACCACUGAAGUUUAAGAUGCCCGAUUUUGAAAAGUACAAUGGAACUCGGUGUCCUCAUGCUCACUUACUAAUAUAUUGUCAAGCAAUGGCGGCGUACUCAGACAAUGAAAAACUAAUUGAUGCACUGCUUCCAGAGCCGUUUGACCGGAUCUACCAUCCAAUGGAAAUGGAAAAGAAGCCUACUGAAACAUUUAAGGAAUACGCUUACAGGUGGAGGAAUAUGGCAAUCCAAGUGGAUCCCCCUGUGAGCGAGCGAGAAGCCAUCUCAUUAUUCGUGGGUACGCUAAAAAACCCCUACCGCAUGCACCUUCGGAGAGCCACUCCCCAUGAUUUCAUGGAUGUCGUGCCAACAAGAGGGAGAAUCGAAGCUAACAUCAAGGCAAGCUUAGUCAGAGAUGGCGUAAAUGAGGCCAGUCUGGGCAAAAGAUGGAUGGGCAGGAAGAAAGAUGAAGAAACUCACAUGGUCCAGGGGCAUUACUACCAGGGAGGUGGAAAUCGGUGGCCUAAAAGGAAUUUUUUUUUCGGACCCCCUGUCAAUCAGGUUGCGCAAACAGGCGCGAGACUUCAAAGAGCUCCUCCUGAGCCAAUGUCGGCCUAA